AAAACUGUGAUAAAAGAAUAAAAACCUCAUUCCCACUCCACCUGUUCGUAUAAAUUCUCCAAAGAAAACCUAAACAAGAAUUUAUUGAGCAGAGUUCUGUAAUAUUGUUUGUUAUUGUUAUAUCAGUUCUUGUUAUUGAUGGAUUUGAACCAGGAAUUGCCUGAGGGCACAGUGCAGAACGUGCUGGAUCAGGAUACGCUCAAGUGGGUUUUCGUCGGUGGCAAGGGUGGCGUGGGAAAGACGACGUGCAGCUCCAUUCUUGCAAUUUUACUAGCGCGGGUGCGACCCUCUGUGCUUAUCAUCUCCACGGACCCCGCACACAAUCUUAGUGAUGCGUUCCAGCAGAGGUUCACCAAGACUCCUACACUUGUUAAUGGCUUCCCCAACUUGUACGCCAUGGAAGUUGAUCCUAAUAUGGAGAAUGAUGACCCAUUGGGUUCAGAUAAUACUGAUGGGUUUCUAUCUGACUUAGCAAAUGCUAUUCCUGGAAUUGAUGAAGCUAUGAGUUUUGCAGAAAUGCUGAAGUUAGUGCAAACAAUGGAUUAUUCUGUGAUAGUGUUUGAUACAGCUCCAACUGGGCACACACUCCGCCUGUUACAAUUCCCUUCAACAUUAGAGAAGGGGCUUGACAAAAUGAUGAGUUUGAAGAAUAAAUUUGGUGGCUUGCUGAGUCAGAUGACUCGUCUACUUGGUGGUGGUGAUGAAUUUGCUGAGGAUGCAAUGUUCGGAAAGCUUGAAGGCAUGAAAGAUGUGAUUGAACAAGUCAACAAGCAGUUCAAGGAUCCAGAUUUGACAACAUUUAUCUGUGUUUGCAUUCCGGAAUUCCUCUCUCUAUACGAAACUGAAAGACUUGUUCAGGAACUGACCAAAUUUGAGAUAGAUACACAUAAUAUCAUUAUUAAUCAAGUAAUUUUUGAUGAAGAAGCUGUUGAAUCCAAGUUACUCAAAGCUAGAAUGCGCAUGCAACAAAAAUACUUGGAUCAAUUCUACAUGUUGUACGAUGAUUUUCACAUAACUAAGUUGCCAUUGCUGCCCCAAGAGGUUUGUGGGGUUGAAUCCUUGAAAGCAUUUUCAUCCAAUUUCUUAUCACCAUAUCAACCAUCCAUUGUUCGAGGAACUAUAGAGGAGCUGGAGCAGAGAAUAUCGAUACUUAAAGAAGAGCUGAAGAAUGCUGAAACAGAACUCGAGAGACUGGGAAAAGGAAAACAAAAGGUUUGAUUCAGAAAAAUUGACAUGGAGUUUCAUUGACUCCUCUUUGGCAUUUUGCUUUUCCGAAAAGUAAUAGCACAUUUUACACCCCAUUAGACUGUCAAGAGUUAUCAUUAUGAAUUAUAUUUGUUGCCAGGGAAUGAAUAAUUGUUUCGUGAGUUAUUUUUCCCUGUGUGAGGAUGAUCAAUGAGGGAGUUUCAUCAUUAAAAAGAGUGACUUACAGCUUAAGUACUAAUUUUCAAUGUCAAUGUGUCGAUUAAAGGUCACACUAUGUAUCAUUUAUAGAACGUUACACCGUAGCAAUUUAUUUUACUGGGUUCGGCCUUUAUUAGUAACGUUUGAGCUUAUUUUCCUUUA